GGGAAAAGCCCAGGCAGGAGCACUAGGUAUUUAUUACUCCGCACAGGCUGCCACAUCGAAGCCAUCGGAUCACGCAUCCUUCAAAAACCACCUUAUUCUGCCAUUUCCGAAUUCCACUUCUCCCUCCGGAUUCAGAUUCACUCGGGAUUGAUUCGUUACGGAGCAAGCACCCAAAAGCCUGCUUCGUUGAAUGCUGUGACUGGGUCACUAUUGAUAUCUUUCGAAGAUUCGAAGAUGGGCCAAACAAUGAGUGCUGACGCUGCUCCUGCUGCUGCUGUCAAAGAUGAAACUACCAAGUCAAACUCCACUUCCUUGGAAACUGCCAUUGCGGAUGCUGUAGCUUAUGGAAAUGAAGGGACAGAGUCUGUUGAGGUAAAAGCUAAGAAAGCUUUGGAAUGCCCUUGCAUAGCUGACUUACGAAGUGGUCCAUGUGGAAACCAGUUUUCAGAGGCGUUCCUUUGUUUUCUCAAGAGCACUGCUGAGGAGAAGGGAUCAGACUGUGUACAUCCAUUUGUUGCUCUCCAGAACUGCAUCAAAGCCAAUCCAAAUGCUUUCCCCGAAGACAUUCUAAACGAAGGUGAAGUUGAAGAGACGGAACCAGCCCAAGAAUACAAGAUAAUCCCUCCCACAUGGUCUAGAGAAUCUCGAAACCCCAAACCCAAGCUUUAAAGGAAGAGUCCAGUUCUUUUGCCAUUCAAACAGCUGUGGACCGAGUUCUUGCCGAAUUUGUUUGGAUCUUGCUUAGUUAAUACUACCUCUAGUCCUAUUUAUAAGAUCUCAUUUGUAGAUUACAAACAAAGUCUUAUAAUUAGGAUCAGAGGUAGUAAUUAGGAUAGCUAAACCGAUGAAAGGGUUAUUUUAACAAAAUUUAGAGGGUGUGCAAUUUAGACUAAAGGUGACAAAAUAACGGUUUGAACUUAAAAGGUGAAGAGAUUCCGGUAUAGAGAAGAGCAAAGAUAGCGUGUGGAAUUGAUUUACAACAGUGUUAGGAGUUCAUGGUGUGUUGGGAAGCGAUAUUCAUAAUAAUGUAGAGCGGAUGAUGGAUUAUUAUUUGAGUCCACAUAUGAUGGACUGGUGAAUUACUGAAUUCGUAUGGAAAA